UUGCAUACUGGUGUGCACGCAGGUUGGCGGACGACGUUGGUGCUCGGUGCUGGCUCGGCUUCAGUCCUCCGUCAACCACCGCGCUCGCCGCUCGCGCGCCGCGCCGCGCCCAUGGACUACGAUCGACCAAACGAACACGCGUAUCUCCACAUUUCUAAUCUUUCUACUUCUCUUAAAAUCGAAACCAUAUCGGAACGAGUUACCGAAUCGCGAGAUUAAAUAAAAUGAUUGUAGUCAGUCAGUUUAGAGAACUUUUACCGACUUUCGAACACGCAGCUCACUAACGAUUGACAUAUCCUAUGCUCCUCACCGUUGAUCCUGCUUGACAUUGUUUUCUUUCUUCACCAUGCAACUCAAAGGAACAUUUUACCAAAACCUAUUUAUACACAAGAAGCGACUGAAACUUUCUACUUGCAACCUUUGAAAACUAUACACAGAAUUUAUAAAACUAUUUACACUGUUUUAUAAAUGGUUUUAGACAUUUCUUUAUCCCCUUUAACUGGUCCAAAGACCUUUAAGAAAAGUUAAGUGUGACCAAAGACAUUAAAAAUAAAUAAAAUAAUAGUAAUAGUGCGUGUGGAAUUAUCUAGAAUUUAAAUACCUAGUGUGUGGUUUUGUCUCAAGUGUUAAAAACAAAUUAAGUGUGCCAUUAGGAACUAGUUCUAAACUUUAAUAAUAGACUAUAGUGUGUGUCUUUGUGUGGAUUGUGUAUUAGCGUGCUAUAUACUGAAAACGGAUGAAGAUGCCUUGUGUGGACUUGAAGCUGAAGUGGCCCGAAGACAAUUCCUAGAUCAAAGAACCUAUGGCUCAGUUACCCUCCCAUUAAACAUUCCUUCUUUCCUCUAUUUCAUAACAAAUAUAGAAUACGUUUAAAACAUUCCACGGUUUUCGUCUUCUUCUAUACUUUGUGAAAUCAAACCUCUAUUAAGAGCGAAAAAAACAACGUUGAGACUGUUAGAUUAAGAAAAGUGGUAGAUAAAUACGCGCGUGAACCUCUUCGGAGGGCGCGAGAGGCCGGCGCGAUGCGGUCUCACCAGGGAUGUACGUAAUAUAUCCCGCGGACGAAGUAGUUACCCAAUCUUACGGCACACACUCGCUGCCCAGGCCCCGGCAGCGUCCCACGCUUGACGUCCUCUUCGGGCCGCCGCCGCCCGCGCCGUCCCGCGCGGACCCUCCCUUGGCCCCCAGCCCCCCGCCCCCCCGCGCCGCGUCCCUCCCCAAAACGGCGCCCCCGGAGCCCGCGGACCGCGCGCCGGCCUCGCCGACGCCCUCUAUCGAGCGGCCGGCUAAGCUGCGCGAGCGCACCAAAGCGAGCAAACUGCUCAAAAAACUCGGCCGUCAUGAGGACAACGAAUUCGGAAAAAUAGUUAGAACCCCCGCUCCUGAUGAAUUCGAGCUUCCUGCCCCGCUGCCGACUCCCGCUUUCUCGCGGAAGAAUAUAUUCGACCGUGAUUUCGAUGCACUGUUUGAAGUGGCGAACUCGCCACAAUUCACUGCUAAGAUCCGCGUCACCACUCCAGAGCCGGAUCGCCGGUCUGAUGUGUCAGCGGCGCACUUUCCCUCCCCGGCCACAUCUUCACUCAGCCUUCUCCCUCCGCGCCCCAACUCCGCGCCUAGUCCUUCGCCGUUUUCCUUCAGAACCUCGACGCCUUCACCAUCGCCUCAACGAUCGUCUUUUGAAGGUUCAAAUACAAAACCGAAGAAAGUUAGUUUCUUUCGAAGGCUGAGUCGUGCUAAGACCGAGUCUGAACCGAUGCAGCCUCGCACAGUAAUGCAGCAGCAGUCCAUAGACAUGGCUCUGCGGGAGCUGACGCACCCCGCACACAACGAGCAGCUCAAGAACCAACAGCAAGUUACAUUCAAGCUAGUCAAAACAGUGGCAGACUUCACGACGCAGCUGUCGCAGAUCUACGACCGGCACUCCUCCGAGCUGCAAGUGCUCGUCGCCAAUUUUCGGAAAAAGAACGGCGAACUCAAGAAAGAGAGAGCAUCAUGCCCGUCAUCUCUCUUCCACACAUGGGAAACGCUACUGCAAGAAGUGGAAGCAGAUGUGAUCGCCAACAACAAUGCGGCAACAGCGCUGGAACGCAACGUCGCCGCGCCACUGGUGGACCGCACGUUCCAUAUGAAGGUGCAGGCCAGGAAGCUGUUCGCGCACCGAGAAGGAUGCGAAGUCAUUCUGGCGAAGGCUGAUGAUCAACUUACUAAGAGCCGGCAGGACUACCGCGCGGCGUUCGUGCACUACUGCAACAGCCCGAGUCCAAGCGCGUUGGCCGCUUACUACGACUCCCACAACACCUACGUCCAGCAGCUGACAGCCACCAACGCCAUGCUGGACCAGUACCACAAAUACACUCUACCUACUAUAUUACAGGACCUGGAGGAAAUAUUGACGGACGUGACCACGGCAGUCAGCGAGGCCAUUUGUAAUGAAGGGGGGAUUAUCACGGAUAAGUCGAACCAGCAGCUUCGGCGAUACGAGUCGCUCUGCGCGCAAGCUCGCGCAGUGUCGAGUACAGCGGACCUCGCGCACCUGGCGCGCGCUUUGCUGACAUCUCAGCCGCCGGCGCGCCCGCCCCGCCGCGAGUUCUUGCCACCGUACCCACCUGAACCUGAUGACCCGCCACUCGACGUUGCUGCGGAGGUGAUGCCACCGGUGUUGCGUGGAGAAAUGCUACUGGAUCGCAUGGGCGGCGGACAGGCGCGCAUGAGCUACGAGCAGCUGCGCAAGGAUGCACAAGACCUGGAGAUGCAGAUCAAGCAACUACAGGAUGGAUUGGAGGUACUCGCCCGGCACCAGGCUCGCGGGUUGGAGACAAACAUGUACAGCAAAGUCAACGAGAUACAAGAGGACAUAUCUAUGAAAAAAUAUGACUACAGGGCGACCCAGCUUCAUCUUGCUGCAGUACGAGCUCAGAGAGAGCUAUUCGCAGCGAAAGCAGAUAGCGGGACAGCGGCAGUCGAUCGCAAACUCUCUUCGUCAUCCGCCGGCAGCAUGAAGAAUAAAUGGUUGAAAGCGUUCCGCAGCCUGAAGCCCCCCAGCGCUCCCCCACCCCAUGCUGCGCCACCAGACAAAAAAAAUCAAAUGUACCACGCGGUGUCGACGAUUAUGGCGAUGAGGAGGAACGGCGCGGGCAGAGAGGCUCUCCGCGGCGACUCAGACGCGCACAACUUCCAGGAGUACACCUACAAGAAGAUAACGCCCUGCGAUGUCUGCUCGCAAGUUCUUAGAGGGCACACGCGCCAGGGGCUCCGCUGUCGCCUGUGCAAGCUCAACGUGCACGCGGACUGCAUGCCGCAGGUCGGCAAAUGUCAGACCAAGUCCCGCCUGCUGCGCCGCCAGAAGAGCACCUCGGAGAUCGAGUCUCACCGCGUACAGGAGGCCGCUUUCGAUGAAGAUAGGUCGAUGAAGAACUCGAAGAGUGCCCAAAUGUUGAGGCAGGCCGACCGCGCCAGUCCAUUACCUGGUUCGAGCAAGGCACUUUGCACGAGGCAUGGCUUUACUAAGAUUAAUAAGCAUAUGAUACAUAACUAUACCACACGAUCGUCGCCAUCAUCACCGGUGCAUAGCAGGCGGCUGCUGAGCGCUCGUGGGGGAAGAAUGAGUAGCGUGGAACUGCCCGACGAGCCUGACAAGAGUCUUUCGUCGAACAGUGCGAGCCCUUGCCCGUCGCCUGUCAAGCAGACUAGUAAGCAUCAGCGCCUCCUACCAACCAACCUCUACGUGAUCCUCUACAACUUCAAAUCGCGGCACGCUGACGAGCUCGAUCUGAAGGCGGGGUACAAGGUCACGGUCAUCGACACCUCGGACCCAGAUUGGUGGAAGGGCAAGUGCCUGGGCAAGAUCGGCUACUUCCCCUCCAAAUAUUGCACGAAGCUGCAGGCUGGGGAGCGGCCGCUGCAAGUUACGCAUAAUUUACAGGUAUCUGACGGUGACAAUGGUCUAAUGCUCCUGCGAGACCAGAUCGUGAUCCAAGUGGGCGACGAGGUUGACGGCAUGGUCAUGAUCCGAUCGGGCGACAACCGUCAGGGCGUGUGUCCGAUCAAGUUCCUACAAGAGGUGUGACGCUUCAGAAGAUCAAACUACGAUUUCAUGACAAAACGCGGAUCAUUCACCGAAGAAACUCAUACGCUCUACGUUCCGAAACCCACACAAAGUGCUCCCGUCACCCCCUGCGACAGCGAAACCUCCACCUGGUCUGACCGAGCCUCAUCCAGCCGAGAGAGACAGUACUACGAACUACCCUCCACCUCAGACACGCGUUAUGAGGUGCCGAGCUCCACCGCCCGCUACGAGGGCGCGACGACCACCCGGUACGAAGGCCCCUCCACUUCUGAUAAGCGGUACGAAGAUAGACCUUCAACUUCUGAUAAAGCUUACGAAGAAUCUAUGGAAGGUUAUUGGUGGUGGCGCAGGCCUCUAGGCGUUAGACGUGCUCAAUGCCGAAGAUGCGGAGCUUCCUCGUCUACUAGACCAUUAAAGAUGAAGCCAUGUGCUGGCACAGCUCAGGAGCAAGACGAUCUCGACUGGGAUGGCAACCGUCCUCUGAUGUCACGUGAACGCCCUCUACUUUUCUUUAGGCAACUCUUUAUUUAAAUAGGGUAGCACCCCUCUGUCCGAAAUGUUUUCGAAUUAAUAUUAAUCGCAUCGCAACCUUAUUAAUACUAAGGCUGUUUUUUUGGAAAGUUUUAUUAUAAAACGUUUACGGCAUUGGGGUCAACGUGCUGUAAGGUAGGAAUUAGGCGGAGCGCUUGCAGGGUUUCUCAAUGCGAUUGGGGUAAUUCUCAUUAGUGCUAUAGGACUAAGACUUUUUGUACGAGUUUAAACUCUAAGGCUGCCGUAGUUCUAUGGAACAAAUGGAAAGUACCCGUUUUUAAGCGGAAGGUUAAAAAUUAGACAUGUUAUCAAGUUGAAGAUUGUGCAGACAGUUAUUAGUUUUAAUUCAGUAGCAUACCUACAUUAUUUGUUAAAGACAUACGCGUUAGAUUAGAAAUAGGAUAAAAAUCGGCAUCAAAAGAUUUAGUUAGGUAUAUUUAGUUACACUGUGCAAAUAGAUCCCUUAAUUGAGGGAUAACCUCGUAGCUUACACAUAUUUGGCAGAAUUAGAUAAUGUUUGAAUUGGAGACCUAAGUACUAAUUUAUUUGUGAGAUACGUUCUUUUCAAUACAGAGUUAUUUUAUACCUGUCAUACAUUUACGAACUUGUAUUUUUAUAUUUAUACCUAAAGGGAGAUGAUAUACUUAUGCGUGAUUAUAUUUAAUUACUUUCGUAACAUAUCAUUUUAAAAAUUAUUAUAGUUACUUAAUUAUGUAUUGUGAUAACCUAAGGUGUUAUUAAUUAGAGUAAAGUUAAGGUUAAUUUAAAAUACAUUUUUGUUGCUUUACAAGUUUUGUAAAAUUUAAAUAUAUAAUUAUAGCAUUUAUUAUCAAUUAAGGAAUGGAGAUACAUAUAUUAUAAGGAACAGCAAAAUCUAUUUUAAAGUUAAUAUGAAUCCGGGCCCAUUUAUAAAGCUAUAUAUACUUUAAUAUGUAUUUUAUAACAACCAAGUUUACAUCUACUUCACAGUAGCUUAAUUUAAUGGGUUAAUAUGUAAUAUGCUAAGCUGAGCCUAACAACAGUUGUUACUUAUGCCCGUUGUACCAUAAUAUUUGCAAAUUAAAUGAUACAGAAAUUCAAUUAUAAUAAAAAAAUAAAAGUCCACAUAUUCCGGAGCUAAUAGAACUAUCAAGAACAGUCCAUAGAUUAUAUUAAUGUAAUUUAUUAAAACUUGUUCCAUGCUGUAACGUUGGGAUGUCUUCAAUCUUUCCUGUUUGGUCCGGCAUUGCCGAUACACAAUUAACAAAUCGUCAAUAAUAAUAACAACCCGUAGGUAUCUUAGGAAACACAUAGUUUCCAAGACCCAAAGAGAAAACACGAAUUAUGAAGUAAGCUCGUGUUUAACAAGAUGGAAGCAAAUUUAUUGACGUAGUACCUACACCUACAGUUCGAAUUUGCGCUAUAAUCUUUGAAGUCAACGCGCAAUAGAUAAAGUUAUCCUGUAUACAUAUUCAAUAAAUUGAAUUCGCAUCUUGAGUUGUUUUUUCCACUAAUUUUCCGUAAUAAGAUAUUAGUUUCGUAAUACAUUCCAAUCAAGGUAAUACGAUUUACUUAAAUAACGAUUAUCUAUUACCGGUUACUGAUUUUAUCUAUAAAAUAAAAUAUUCUAAAAAAAAGUCUUGACAAAAUCUCAACGGAACGUUUCACGUUAGUUGCGCUCUCGGUAGGUCGACAUUCUUGAACAUUAGCCAAACUGGUACAUAAUACAACGUUGCUGUUUUAAUUCUAGAGGAAAACAGAGAAGGACUUGGUAUUAUAAUACUUCUGUGUUCUUGCUAUAGACAAAUGUAAAAUUUUAUUGAAAACAUAAUGUUCUAGAGAUUUAGGACUAAUUACCUAAAUGAGCGAUUAACAACGAAAGUUUAUAUAGUGAGGUAAAGUGGCAAAAAAGAAUGUAUUUGUAUAGGUAGGUAAUUAAAUGCGAGAACCCUACAAAUUUUACAAUGCUCUUUAAAGUUACGUCUUUAUUUUAAUACCAUCUGGUUUUAAUACCAAUAUGAAAUGGGUCAAUAAUAUCAAUAUUACUUACUUAGAAACAAUUUAUUGACUGAAAUUGAAAAGACGAAUCAGCUGGCUUUUUAAUAACUGUCAAACAAGCUGGCUUAUUACAUAGUUAAUAUAGAACUUAAUGUGAUCCUAGGUCCCAUUGCUGCGGUUUUGCUUAUGAAAUCGGUAUAUUCAUUAGCUUUAGUUUAGUGGGUGGACUGCACCAGGUAGCCGGAGCACUAGAUAGGCCUUCGCCCAACGACUUUAUGUUGGAAUGUUGGUGUUAAAAUAAUUUAGAUUACCUGCUCGAUGUGUGUGAUUUGGAAUGGUUGACUACCGAGUCAUGUGUAGGUAGAUUUGACAGAACGGCUUUUCUGAACAUUUUGUCGUGCCCCAAUUGUACCUAUAACUCCGUAUCUUUAGGUAUUUAAAUAAAAGUAAACAAACAAUUUGUAAAUUUUCGGGUAGAUGUAACAUUUAUUGCUUAACCAACCAAAUACAAAACCGCCUGGAUCUGUGACUGAACGACCUGACUUUAACCUUCAUUAAAUGAUCAUGUAAUGUUUUGAUCUACCCUCAACUGGCUUAAGGAGCCAUGUGAGGGUAGAUUUAAUUUAAUUUUAUUGAAUUACCUAAAGAUACAGACACGACACGUCCUCAGCACCUCCUUUGCGCAGGGUUUGAAAACCUUUUUAAUGCACUGUAAUGAUAACUAAUUAAAAAAUAAGGAAGGGGUAGUUCCGUAAAGUUAAGCAGAGAAGCAGAAUGAAUGCAGCAGCUACUGUGGUCGUUAUCGUAAAAAGGCUCUCCAGCCUUUAUCAGAAAGUUAUAAACUAAACCCGAUUUUUUUUCUCCAACAAGCAUGGCUCUGUGUGUAUGUGGUCUCUGGCCUCUAUGUGGUACCACUUACUUGUAGUGGUACCGUACGUUUCAUAGUCGCCCAUUCUAUAAACUAUGGCGUUCCUAAUAUGUGGUAGCAUGUGUAUUUUUUUUCUAGCAACUUGACUAUGUAGAACUUUCUAGUUAGGAAUGCAACCUAUGAUUACAUCGAUAAACAUGUUAAUUGCAUACUUUUACAUUAUUUACAUGUCGCCUCUUAAAUAAUGUUUUGUUGAACUAGGUAGGUAGGUACAGUCGACGUCAAUUAUAUGUUUACACUUUCACAAACAUAUUUUUGACGUCAACCUUACCUAUCGUUUUUCGGCAUCCAUUUAAGGCGAACAAGUUCAAUAAUAAUGGCGAUGGCAUUGAUGAUGUGGAGCUCUCACCAGCAUCUAAAAUAUGCUUAAGAAAGAGCAAGAUACAAAUCAAUGCCAUUUAAUCGCCUCACAAAAGAUUUUCAUGCAAAAACAAAAUUUUCGUACUACACAUUUGCCUUUUUUGCUUUGUAGACAUUUGUCCUUUCACUAGAAUAAUUUUGAGCUCAAUACAAUCUUCAAUAUUCCUUCCUAAUAUUAAAUAUACCUAAGUACUGAUUUGAAAGUGUUUCGACUUAUCCGCACAAAUCCUUCUUAAGCCUUCAGGAAACCUGUUAACUUCGUACCUAUUACAGGUUCUCUAACUCAGGCCCAAACUAAUACUAAUCCAUAUAAGUUAUCGUAAAAUAUUUAAUUUGAUACGAACCGUCCCCCAAUUGUAUUACAAGUUAAAAUAAGUGUAAAAUAUACAAGUAGGACGUUAACCGGAGUAUGAUAGAGCACGUAACGUAACAACUAUGGAGAUUAUUUACAAAGUACGAUAAACGUAUUUAGUUAGAUAGAAAACGUAUGAAUGUGAUACCUAAGAAGUUCCCAUGACAUGAAUGAUAUCUUGAAUCCCUUACCGUUCAUAAUUUUGUAAACAUUUGAAAUGAAGCAAACAGUGGCGUAGCUAGGCGUGGAUGAAGUGCGCCCUCGCCCACGGCCUCGCACUUAAAGGGGCCUCGCAGAAGCCAACUCUUUUCAUUAUCUUGGGAAUACACAUUGAAUGAAAAGGGCCUCGCAGAUGCGACUAUGCCCACGGCUAGAUUAGUUCAUGCUACGCCACUAUGCAAAAGAGGUAGAGUACAAACAUUAAAAACUCGUCAUUGCAAUAACUUCGUAAGGUUCGGGCCCUUUCACUGUUUUCCGGUAGGUACUUACUUUUUUCUAAGGUUUUUAGUUUGAUAACAGAAUUUAAUUUAUUAGGCAUAUAUUUCUGAUAGGUAUUUGUAUUUACAUUUGUAAUGGAUUAAAGAUAUCUAUUCAUCUGCCUAUAACUUAUUUAUACAUAUACUUAGAGAAUGCCUAUGGAUGUGUUGAAAGGAUAAAAUAUACUAUAUUUAUGAAAUAAAUAUAUCUACCCAUGAUUCAAAAUCAUUAUUGCCUAAACCUUCCUGUAUUUUUCUGUGAAAUAGAAUAAAAAAUAUCAAAUUACAUGUUAAUACUAUUUAUAAGAGCCCUUAAAUUUUACUUAAGUAUUUAAUAAAUCAUGUCCACUAUGUUGUUUAAUUCUAAUUUAAAUAAUGUUUUUGUUAUACCUUACGAUUUUUGGAAUAAACUAACGGAACCAAAUUAUUACCAUAAAUACCUAUUUAUGUAUUUACGAGUAUUAUUAGUUUAGGUAUAGUAUAGUUAUUAAGAAUCCCAAGUGAGAUGUUUAUUAUAUACUUACAUGUAAUAAAAAAAUAGUAUAUGAAUGUGAUCAUUACUUUAAAAUUGGCCUUUCUCUCAUUAAAGUUACUUUGUAUGUUCACACGCUUCUAUUAAAAGGCCUACAUUUUUAGUUCUUAUUGAUAACACCGUAAAAGUCUUAAAUCUACCAUGAAGUAACGUGAGAUAAAAUUAGUGAUUACAAUAAUAAAAAACCUUCAUAUAUUUCAAUGAAAACAAAUUUCGGUGUUGCUCCUGGUCGUCUUCAUGACAGCAGUUUCAGGGGCCAUCUCGUGGGCGGCGAGUCACCGCCUGCCUCGAUGUGAAAACAUUGUUAUGGCAGGUGUCCGGACGUCUUUGCAAUAACCCGGUCUUAUUGUCCACCCUGAUAAAACCCCUUAAUUUAAUAAAGAUUAUUAAAAAAAAGUGUCCACCCAAACUUCAAUCCAUAGACCGUUAUACUGUUCACUUUUUCUACAAUAGUACCAAUGCCUGCUGCGACCGGUAUAUGGAUGUUUAUUGUUGCGCCUGUGAAUGGGUUCAAGCAGGCGUUCUACAUGAUAUUCAAGCUCUCCAAGAGGCCUCUACGAGUUGGAUCUAUAUCCCCACGCAAGCCUAUCAAAAGACCGGGAUUUAUAGGCCCGUUUUCAAGGAGUUAUAUAAUAUUGCACACAUAUCUGCUUGAUUUGAAAAUCAAUUAUUCAUUCGCCUUUGCACUAUUGUUAAAUUUUUAAUUGGGGUCUGUCCGAGCAGAUAUCACGCUCAGAUUUAUUUUACUUAAUCUUUAGUCAGAGUAAGGUCUUCAAACGAAUUUUUCAAUGAGCUAUUAUUGUAACUUACACUGUUAGGUUAGGUGCUUUAAUCCGUUCGGUUUUUAAAUCUUUACUAGGUUGCUAAUUAGCAAGAAACUUUAUUUGCCUUCCGGAAAAUCAAAUUAUGAACAUUAUUUACAUUGUGUAUCUAUGAUCUAAAUUAUUUGAGGUGAACAGAACAGAACGGAAUAAGGCCCUUGCUGAAGGGGUAACAUCUAUCCUUAGGACGCUUUGUUGAGGGACAGAGUAAGAUAUAAGGUACCUAUAUGUUUUCUUAGCAGCAAGGUAGGAGAAAGUGUCCGAUUAAAACAUAGAUAUACUAAGGGCCUGUUUCACAAUGUCCAAUUAAAGUAUUACUGCCAAAUAAAACUUCCUGCAAUACUUAGCACUUUAUCUACCAGUUAAGCUUAUUUGAAGAUUGAAAAACGCCAACGAUGACUUUAUUCGUCAGAUAAGUGGCAAAUACUUUAUCCAGAACUUUACUUGGACAUUAUGACACAGGCCUUAAUUUACUAAUCCCUUAACUUGGCAGUAAUAUGACACAAGCCUUAAAUUACUAGUCCCUUAACUUGGCAGUAACGGGGCGACAUGAGUCUGGGGGCCUAGACAUUAGUUGGUAAAAAACGCCAAUUGGAAGUGAAAUCAUGUAUAUGUAUCAUCUGUCACCCCGAUAUUACAUUUUUUAUUCUCGAUCGGCAUUUGUAGAUGUACGUUUGUCAUCUUGGCUAGGCCCCCAGUUCGGCACGGUGCAGGGCAGGGGUUCGAUAUGAUAAAAUUGCUCGCGCUUAUUUGUGCGCGCGAAAUGCACUGCUAGUCGUGUCACAAGGCAUCUCACUCGCACGUAUUGGUAUGCUACCGCGUACCGCGCCAUUUAAAAACAAAAUAGUGCAUGACACUGUAUCGAUACUGAAACUCAUUCAUAACGUGACCAUGCACUUGCAGGCAGGUGUACCUACAAGUCGGCAAAGGGUUAGUCAAUCGAGUCGCUUAAGAGAUACGCCACAGCCACCCCGAAACCGCCUUUUCAUACAAACGUAGUGCUCAUUUUCCUCUCUAGAUAUCAACAUUAUUAAAUAAUAUUUUGUAUAUCAAACUACGCCCCUAUGUUAAUUUUUUUCGAAUCUUUUAUUAUUAUUAAAGUUAGGACGCUUAUCACGACACGUUGUCGUUUCGCCUGUACGAAGCAUUUCCUCUACGUACCGGGAAACCUAUGUUAUCGGCUACGACGUAAAGCCAUGACCGCUCAGCGUUGAAUAUGUAAAAAAAAAUGUAUGAAAUCUGUUUUUCGCUCAUAAUUUUUACACAGUAGCUAUGGUUAGUAAUAUUAGUAUACAUCAAAACAUAAAAAAACCUUUUCCAUAAUAUCAAUAUCCAGAGAGAAAAAUGGGUACUACGUCUGAAUGGAAAAGCGGCCGUGGCCAAUCCUUUUAAUCUAUUAUAAAAUCAACCUUACUGUCUAGGUAAGAACGAUCAAAUAAAUGGCCAUGACAGAUUUCGUAAAAUAAUGUUCAUCUAAAAUAUUUUUGAAUUUAGUUACUGAAAUGCACUAUAUUUCAGUUGUUGAGUAGGGAUGCAGAUAUCCAUACCCUUGUUUUAUGUUGAUAAAAUCUGUUGAUUUGUACUGAGGUUUAUAACGAGUGUUUUGUUAGGUGGAAUAAAUAUUGUGUCAUGUAUAAA